AUGUACAUACUUAAAAUAUUUCAUCUGGGUUUUCUGCUCUGUACACAAACAGGCUUUGCAUGUAAGUUGCUAGCUCAGUUUGAAUUGCAAAGUAUAUUGAAAGAAGGAGACAUAUUGAUAGGUGGCAUUUUUCCACUAUAUUCAAAACAGGAGAAUAUAGUUUAUUCCUUUAACAGAAAACCACAAAUGGCAGAAUGUGACGGAUUUGGAUUACAGGCUUAUCAAUGGAUGAGGACCAUGUUGUUUGCAGUAGAUGAAAUAAAUCAAGAUGAUCGUUUGCUUCCCAACAUUUCUCUUGGAUACAUAAUUCUGGACUCUUGUUCCUCUCCUACUAAAGUUCUGAGAGCUGCACUCACAUUGAUGAGCACAUCACAGCAAAACGGCUCUCAAUGUAAUCCACCUCCAAUAUUAGCUCUUAUAGGUGAAUCAGGAUCUACUCAGUCUUUAGUUGUUGCCGGGGCAGUUGGACCAUUUAAAAUACCUAUGGUGAGUUACUUUUCAACAUGUGCAUGUUUGAGUGACAAAACAAAAUAUCCUACAUUUUUCCGAACAAUACCAAGUGAUUACUACCAAGCAAAGGCUUUGGCUUUCCUUGUUAGACAAUAUGGAUGGACAUGGAUUGGAGUUAUAAUGUCUGACAAUGAUUAUGGGCUGAAUGGGAUAUCAGCAUUCAGAAAGGAAGUGGAGGCUCAUGGUGUCUGCAUUGCAUUUGUUGGCACAGUUUUGCGAACAUAUCCCCAAAGCAAAAUCCUCGAAGCUGUUGAACUGAUCAAGCAUUCAACUGUCAAAGUAAUUCUCGCAUUUGCGCCAGAGAGAGAUAUUGAUCCUUUAAUGAAAGAAGUGCUGAAACAGAACAUUACAGGAAUACAGUGGAUUGGAACUGAGUCCUGGGUAACUGCAGCCAGUCUUUCCACACCAGAAAUAUUCAAAUAUUUUGGAGGAACAAUAGGACUUAUGGUCCGAAAAAUGGAUAUACCUAAACUGGGACCAGUUCUCAAAGAUAUCAGUCCUUAUAAAGAUUCAGAAUCAAGUUUUGUCAGUGAUUUUUGGGAGGCAUUGGUGGGCUGUAGACCUCCAUCUAAAAGCAAUUAUUCAAGUAUUGCCACAAAAAUAUGCUCAGGAAAAGAAGACGUUGAUUAUACAAACAAUUUUUUUGAUGUAUCACAACUUAGAGUCUCAUAUAAUGUCUAUCAAGGAGUGUAUGCAGUUGCACAUGCCCUACACCAAGGGAUGUUUUGUGAAAGGCCUGAAAGCAAUGUCUCGGGACUGUGUCUUAAUGCUUCACAGCUUACCCCAAAUCUAGUAACUGAGCAGUUGAAAAAAGUACGUUUUGUGGAUGCAUUUGGAGAGCUAGUGUUCUUUGACAAGAACGGAGACCCACCUGCCUCAUAUGAAGUCAUAAACUGGCAGCUGAGAGACGGUCAAGUGCAGCAUAUUCCAGUUGGUCAUUUCAGCACAUCUGCAAAUGGACAAUAUGUACUUGUGAUUAAUGAAGACAAGAUAGUCUGGAGCACUGGAAAUUUGACCCCAAAAGCUGUUUGCUCAGAAAUCUGUCCACAAGGCACAAGAAAAGCACAUAUUAAAGGUUUACCUCUGUGCUGCUUUGACUGUAUCCCAUGUGCUGAUGGCUCUAUAUCAAAUACAACAGGAGCAACAGAUUGUAUCACCUGUCCUGAGGAGUACUGGUCUAAUGAAAGAAAAGACAGCUGCAUCAUGAAAAUAAUAGAGUUUCUUUCAUACACUGAAACUAUGGGAAUUAUUCUUAUGACACUGUCACUAUUUGGUGCCUGUUUAACUUGUUCUACUAUGGUGGUGUUUAUUCAUCUCAGACAUACACCAUUAGUUAAAGCAAAUAAUUCUGAGCUGAGCUUACUUUUACUUCUUUCCCUUAUAUUUUGCUUCCUCUGCCCACUCACAUUCAUUGGUGAGCCCACGGUUUGGUCCUGCAUGUUACGUCAUACAGCAUUUGGCAUUGCCUUUGCACUCUGCAUUUCCUGUAUGCUGGGGAAAACUAUAGUUGUGGUAACUGCCUUCAGAGCAACAUUACCUGGGAACAAUAUGGCAGCAAAGUUUGGACCACCUCAGCAAAGGGCUAUUGUGUGUUCAUGCACUGCAGUUCAAAUACUUAUUUGUAUCCUGUGGCUAAAUGUUGCACCACCAUUCCCAGAUAGAGUUAUUGAGCAGCGCAGUAAAAAAAUUAUUCUAGAAUGUAACACAGGAUCAGAUGCUGCGUUUUAUGCCGUUCUAGGAUACAUUGGCCUUCUUGCUAUAGUUUGUUUGGUCCUGGCCUUUUUAGCCAGGAAGCUACCUGAUAAUUUUAAUGAAGCCAAAUUCAUCACAUUCAGUUUGCUUAUAUUCUGUGCAGUUUGGAUCACCUUUAUUCCAGCUUAUGUCAGCUCUCCUGGAAAGUAUACAGUAGCUGUAGAAAUAUUUGCAAUUUUGUCUUCAGCUUUUGGCCUGCUGAUAUGCAUUUUUGUACCAAAAUGUUACAUCAUUUUAAUCAAACCAGAGAGAAAUACAAGAAAACAUGUAAUGGGAAAUACACCAAAGAAACUGCUGAUCUACUGGGAUUUUCAUGCACGACACCGGGCGCCACUCCUGACAGCUAAGAACAGGAAACUGAGGCUACAAUUCACACAGGCUCACCAAAAUUGGUCAAUAGAAGAUUGGAAAAAUGUCACCUGGUCUGAUGAGUCUCGAUUACUGCUGCGACAUUUGGAUGGUAGGUCACCGGAUCUCAGUCCAAUAGAGCACCUUUGGGAUGUGGUGGAACGGGAGAUUCGCAUCAUGGACGUGCAGCCGACAAAUCUGCAGCAACUUCGUGAUGCUAUCAUGUCAAUAUGGAGCAAAAUCUCUGAGGAAUGUUUCCAGUACCUUGUUGAAUCUAUGCCACGAAGAAUUAAGGCAGUUCUGAAGGCAGAAGAGUACAACCUGAGUGCUGGGACCCACUGCUCUGGCCAUGCAGUUCGUUUCCAGUAUGGUGCCUUUUCUAUCAGCUCUGUGGAUAACUGGAGUCAGCUGUGCAACAAGUGA